GUCUCUGGUUAGUUCUAGUCGGUAGAAUUCGCAGCAAACUAGAUUUAGUGAAACGUUCGGUAGCAGCUUUCGGUAAAAAUGAGCAGUGAAUCAGAAACUGGUACAAGAUCAUUUCUACAACAUUCGACCUAAAAAAUCUGUAUCUAAUCGCCAUUGCACGCAAGUAAAUUGUUCUCGCCUCCGAAAAGCGUUACUUAGAACUUGAACCAGUUUGACGACUGUCGCUAGCCAAGAGUCACGCACCGUGAAAGGACUAGUAGAAGUAAAGUUUCUGCAUGCAACUACCAUAUCGAGUAAUUUAGCGGCCAUCCGUAGCGUGCACCUGACUGUAGACCUCAGACUUACGCGAGCGCAACCAUCGAGGGUCGCACCACAACCGUCAGGACACAUACGCUUGUCCAAAUUAAAAUCUAGGACUAGGGGUCCAUAGUCCAUCGAGCACUUCGUCGAGAAAUAGAUUUUGAGGCCCGAUCCUACUGGUCUAAUAAACAGCUAGCUCGAGUAACAUGUCCGAGACCGUUAAUCAGGCAAAACGGUUAAGUCCUAUCGAUGAGCUCAUUUCACCUUCCGUGCGUGUCAUCCGGGAAGUGUACGAAGGUGAAAAUGCACACGAAAUGUUCCAAGCCGACCUCAACAAGGCGCUCUUCGAUAAGGUGCGCUUCAUCAUCAUCGAGCCGACGCGGCUGGGCGAGGAGACGGAACGAUGGAUUGCGGUGGGAAACUGUCUUCACAAGACGGCACUGAUCAGCGGGGCGGCAUCAAUUGCGAUCGGUCUUGUUUGGAGAGAAAAACUUACGAUUUAUAGCGCUUCCUUCUGCAUCGUGUCCAUGUUUUGCACUAGUCUUUACGCAAUCUGCUGGAACUGCGAUCCGUGCGUAGAAUAUCAGGUUGAGCGAAAGCAGCGAAAUCUAUUCCCGAAAAUUCCCGUACCCGAGAAUGCAUCAUCGCCGGUGGUUCUAGUGCACACGGGCAAUCGAUUCGCGACGAUCAGCCACCGAAUAGUGACCGUCCUAGCGACGUCGGUUUGCGUGUGGAGUGUGUACAGGGCAUUUAAGUAGGCAACGAAUUUUACAAUUCUCGAACACACAGAGCGGAGUAAGCGAAUGAAUUCGAUUCCCCCGCUGAGGACAGCCGAGACACCAGAGUUGAAUCCCACUGCUCGCGCACCGUCGCUGCCAACUUUCACUGCCUUUGCAGGAACGGAAACAGAAUCAGUAGGCCACGGAACGAGCAAGAGAAAAAGAAAUAGUUUAAGUGGAGGAGCUAGAAAAACGACACUGUGGGCUUGUAUAGAAUGGAAGGAGAACCUUGUACUAUAUAUAGUUUGGGACGGUCGAAGCAUGGUAUGCUGGCUCAAGUAAAAUCAUCUGCGUUGCAUGAACCAGGGGGAAAAAAGUACCACUCCGAGCAGAAUAUAGUUCCAACGACUGUUGUGCAUGGAGGGAGCAAGUAAAACAAUCAAUUAACGCAAUGAAGGAACUGACUGAAUCGAUCGUUUCAUAGGAUCGUAACAAGGGGGUUGAGGAAAUGGGAAAACAUUUUUACCGGGGUCCAGAAUUGCUUUUUUGUCUUUAUAACACCGGCCUGCAUGUGUGUGACUAUGUGUUUGUCUAUGUUUUGCCAAAGGAUCUGGAAAAGUCGAUCAAAGAUCGUGCUUCCCUUGCGGUACGGAUCAGUCAGUUGAAACUUAAGGAAAAAGGCAUAAUAGGAGCAAACAAUUUCGGAAUUCUGUUAGGUCGCGGUAUACCUUUGUAGGUUAUCAAAUUGUUUUAAUUUCAUUUUAUAAUCUUAACCGUACCGAGAUAUGCUAUGUUUCCGAAAUAGUACACGUUGUACUGCGUGAUAUGAUAUUAAUGAAGACCCGAUGG